GCCAACUCUCCCUUUUCGGCUCCGGCAACAGUCGGGCGGAAGCAAAAAAUGGAUCCAUCGAAGGCUUAUCAAUCAGCCAUGUAUGCAGUAUGCCAAGGGGAUCUAUCGACGACCGAACGUUGACAGCACUAUCGGUGUAUCGGAACGUGUCCUUGCAUGGUGAUCAUGUCCACACUACAUAGAUGAUAAUUGCGUACAAGCACCUCCUCCCCCGACGAACGACGAAAAUCCCGCGAGACGUGAAUGACCCCUCAGUCAAAAGUUUGUCAAAGAUGAGUAUUGUCGCCUCAUCCGCAAAGGGGUUUGUAUGUGCCCGCACUUGCUCGCGAUGAAGAAAUUCAGGGUGUACAUCAUAGGGGUCAUCCUCUCGAGUAGUCGUCGUUCGUCGGCUGUCGGUUCGUUGUCAGAUUUCAAGUCGGGGAUGGUGAAGGUGAUCGUUGCCGAGACCGAGGUCGACAAGGUCGUACGAGAGCCGUGGAUAGCAGAGUGUAGGAAACAGGGGGGUACCGAUCGGGAAACAGACCCAAGAUCAAGAUCCACAAGGAGGUAUAGGGGUAUUAAAAGAAAGUGUUUCGAAUAUGUGUAGUAGAUGAUGAUCUCGAUCCUUGGAGUCCCGAUCGCAUUCCCCUGCUCCGUACCACCAUCCGCUGGCCCUCGCACAAAACUCUUCUCUCAUGGCCUCAGAGUCGACGACCAGUACCAAACCGUCGCCAACACUUCGAUUUCCGACUCCCAAAUUUAACUCCCUACUUCCAACUCCCAAAUUCAACUCCCAAAAUUCAACUCGAAUAGAUGCGACCAAACAACGGCCAAAUUUCGAAUACCCAAUGUCGAAGGGAACGCGCAAGAAUAAGCCCCGUCGUGUUAAACCCCCCUCUCCCCAUUACGGACGAGAGGUUUAGUGAUAGGGUCCGAUCGUAUGACUGUUUUGCUAUGAGCGUGAUUACUCUUCUUCUUCAUUCUUGUCGGUGAGGGGGUUUCUUUGCUCGUCGUCGGGCUUUUUCUUUCGCUUUAGCUUUCGGUUUUUGGUUUGGUUUGAUUUGUACUUUUCCCACGGCUCUCUUUCGUGUUUUCGCGGGUUCCGUUCCGGGCGAUCCGAGUUCAGUUAAGCCAUCAUACCACGACAAGAAGAAAAAGAAGAAGGAAGUGGGGACGACCCCGACCCCGACCCCCUUUUUCCGACCCUGACUCCCGACCGGGCCCACAAGUUAGGAAAAACCCCUCUAUCCACCGCCAUAUGCCAUGCCAUGUCUUCCCCCCAAGUUCAUCCGACCGACCCGGUUUUCCGACGACUACCUCCCUCGGCACACACACCUCCGACCCACGCCUCUGUAAAAACGUUUCAAAAGUGCCGCCCGACACCAUGACCUCCCGCGCCGUCUUCCGGAAGGCAAGAUAGAACGCGCCUCACAAACAAAAAAGACGGCUCGUACCCAACUUCCGAGAAAGCCGGUAGGUCGGUCAAGGAAUCGAGGGCGACAGAGGGUGGUCCGAAGAGGGGCCAAGUUCGGAUUUGCCGAAGUACCGAGCGAACAAUGUCGAACGAGGAUUUGAGGAUCGGAUAUCGUGAUCCGGCGUUAUAGGCGGCGUGGUGAUAAAGAGCUCCCAUCUACGUAAUCCGACGCCCGAGAACCGAGAACGAAACAAAAGAAGAGGUCAAGGACCGUCCGCUAGACUCCCGUCCUUCCCGUUUGUUGCUCCGAUGAUGCUGAUCCCGAUUCCCAAACUCGUCCCCUUCCCGCGAUACACCCACAGACACCUCGAACCCAGGCACACCAACCGACAGUCAUCGACUCUCUCA